AUUUUAAAAAUUCCCACUGGAAAAGUUUUUGAUUUUUUUUUUAUUACCUUCCAGUAAAUUAUUUAUUCAACAUUUUUUCAGAAAGCCCUCAGACACCCAAUUUGGAAAAGUUUUAUCGUGAAAAAAGUUAUCAAUUGGCAUUCUCAAAAUUUCCAAUCGCUAUUUUUACAAUCGACAUACCCUCCCUCCCCCCUUUAAAAGUUGGUUCGUAAUCGUUUUUGACUGUAAAUGAAGUAUGUUCAAAGCAUUCGAGUAGGUAAUAUGACUCCAUUCCAUAACAUUCAUCACAAGAUAGGUAUCCCAACCAACAGAUAAAUUUUUGAAUUGAAAAUAGCAAAAUCGAAAAAAACACAUCACAUGCUGAGCUAAAGUGCAUUUUUUCGAACUUUGGAGAAUUGUUGCAAAUCCAGUGUAGGGGCUAAAAAUGUGAAAAAUAAUCGAAAUUUUAUGAAAUUGAACUAAAAAGCUGAAAUUUUGUGAGUAAAUAUAUUUAUCCGCUACCGCUAUCCUAUUUUUGAGCUUUUAAAUCGGUUGAGAACGAUUUCGAACCAUAUUGAGUAGUUCAUGGAGCCUUCAGAAUGUUCUUUUGCUCAAUGAAAUAGGAAACCUAAAAUGUAUUUCAUACUGUCAUUCGCUGAAUCAAGCAGAGAAGGUUUCAGGUCAUUCUGAAUCUUUCCUAUGAAUUCCAAAUUUUUGAAAAGUACCAUAAAAAUCGUGCAAAUUAACUUUAGCACAUACUUACCUAUAAAGUAUCUCUACUUUUAAGCCCGAUUGGUGCUUCUUAGUGGCCCACUCGACCGAUUACACGCCAUUUUUCCAAAACUGGUUUCUACUGGUUCGGGAUCGCAUAUUUCUCCGAAGAAUUAAUUGUUGAAAAUUACUAAAUGUAUAAAACCUUUCAUUUGAAACCAUAAUAUCUUGAUGAACAGCUAUAAUCAGAGGUAUGGUGAAAUCAAUCGAUCGUUUUGAUUAUAAUUUUUUUCACAUAAAUUAUGAGCUAGCCCAAAGAAUGAUUAUUGGUCUGAGAAUUCUGCUUGAAAAAACAUUCGAAGCUAUAUUGGACGCAGGUGAGUCAAUGAGACCUAUUUUAUUAUUCAAGUGAUGAAAGUAAUAAAUAAGUAAGUUUUAAAAUUUCCUUUCUAAAGGUUACAACUUGCAACAAAUAAAAGGUAAACGCAUAGCUGUAGUUAGUGCAUUGUGGGAAGGCAGUACCGAUGGUGAUCCAGCGGCUAUUCAGACGAACGGAUUAUACGACAGUGUCCUUGGUGCGAGCCAGUUCAUGUGUGCUAACAGAAUAUCACAUGCAUUUGAUCUACAAAGUGGACCUAGUUGUAAUGUGAAUGCAGCGUGUUCGUCAUCUGGAUACGCUUUGGACAUUGCCAUUAGGUAUAUUCAAAAUGAACAAUGUGAAGGAGCAAUUGUGUGUUCGGCAAAUUUCUGUUUUACCGACGGCAGGCAGCCAAAACCCAUUGUCAUCAUUCAUUCACUCUACAGAGAUUUCUUCGCCUUUCGAUGCGCGAGGUAGGUUUUUAGUGCCUAUAAGUACUUUGGCGGCUGACUCAAAAAUACGUACCCGCCUAAUAAUACCAUUCGAUCAAUGGUGCAAUUGCAGCUGGCGGAUACAUUCGAAGCGAAGCUGUAGUCUCUAUGUUUAUUCAAAAAAGGAAAUAUGCUAAAAGAAUUUAUGCCGAUAUCAUUCAUUCGACAAGCAAUUGUGACGGUUUCAACGCAAAAGGUAUCUUGCAUCCUUCAAUCAGUCAACAAAAACAGCUUUACGAACAAUUCUAUAAAAUGAUCAACAUCGACCCCAGCUCCAUCUCGUACAUAGAAGCGCAUGGUACAGGAACACAGGUAGGAGAUGUUGUAGAAGGCACAUCGAUUGCAGAGUUUUUUUGUCAAGGACGCGAGACUCCACUGAAACUCGGAUCGGUUAAAUCGAAUAUAGGCCAUACAGAGUCAGUUGCUACCUUAUGCGGUAUUGCAAAAUUACUUGUGGCUUUCGAAAGUGGAAUUAUUCCGCCAAAUGAGCAUUUUACGAGCCCGAAUCCAAACGUUAAGGGUUUACUCAAUGGCCAGCUACAGAUUGAAAAAAAUUACCAAGAUGAAGAAUAUGUGGCUCUGUUACAUGAAAUUUUUAGCGAUGAUAUAAGCGGUCAUCUUCAAAGAGGACACAUUAUUUUGCAUGAGAACAAAGAUCACGUAAAAUCCAAAACGUUGUUUCCAGGGGAUAAGCGACCUGUAUGGUUUGUAUUUACCGGUAUGGGUUCCCAAUAGUCCGGGAUGGCUAAAUCACUGAUGAACAUACCAAUAUUUGCGGAAUCGAUCCGAAAAAGUCAUCAGAUGAUGCAAUCAAAACAAAUCGAUUUGAUUAAAAUAAUCACAGACGAUGAUCCUGAAAUAUUCGACAAUAUUUUGAAUUCAUUCGUUGGAAUAGCAGCAAUUCAAAUAGCUUUGGUUGAUAUUUUGCAAGCGAUUGGAAUACAGCCUGAUGGAAUAAUAGGUCAUUCACUCGGUGAAUUGGGCUGCGCAUAUGCUGAUGGAUGUUUCACAGCCGAGCAAAUGAUUCUGGCAGCUUAUUAUCGUGGUUUAGUUUCAAUCGAGAUCGAAUUGAUUCACGGCACAAUGGCUGC